CGUAGUGGAUUCCAAGCAGAGAACCUCCUCCAAGUAUCCAAGCACAGUCUCCCUCACGCAGCUGUGCAAACACUUCACCGCGAUCCCUAUUUAAGCUUCCUCUCAUGGCGUGGGCAGUCGUAGCACCCAGGAACCAAGCUAGAUAAAAAUCCUCUGCCUAGCCUUGGAGGCUCAACUCGACCAUGCCGUCGCCGAUCCUGCCGGCCAAGGAGGUGGAGGAGGUGGUCACCGCCAACGAAGAGGUGACAGACAUCAUCGUCCAGAGGGUGCCGUACUGGGACCCUCCGACGGUCCGGGCGCUGGACACGAGCGAGCUGACCACCUGGUCCCUCUACCGCGCCCUCAUCGGCGAGUUCACCGCCUCCCUCAUCCUCCUCUACGUGAGCAUCGCCACCGUCAUCGGGUACCGGAACCAGUCCUCCGCCGCCGACGAGCGGUGCACCGGCGUCGGCUACCUCGGCGUCGCCUGGUCCUUCGGCGCCACCGUCUCCGUCCUCGUCUACUCCACCAGCGGCGUCUCAGGUGGGCACAUAAACCCGGCAGUGACGUUCGCGCUGUUCAUCGCCGGGAAGGUGACGCUGGUGCGCUCGGUGCUGUACGUGGCGGCGCAGUGCCUCGGCGCCGUCGUCGGCGUGGGCAUCGUGAAGGGGAUCAUGAAGCACCCCUACGACGACUUCGGCGGCGGCGCCAACGCGGUGGCCGGGGGGUACUCGCUCGGGGCGGCCCUCGGCGCGGAGAUCUUCGGCACCUUCGUCCUCGCCUACACCGUCUUCUCCGCCACCGACCCCAAGCGCACCGCCCGCGACGCCUUCGUCCCCCUGGUGGCGGCUCUCCCAAUCGGUUUGGCGGUGUUCGUGGUGCACCUGGCGACCAUCCCGAUCACCGGCACGGGCAUCAACCCGGCGAGGAGCCUGGGCGCCGCCGUGCUGUACAACCAGCACAAAACCUGGAAGCAACACUGGAUCUUCUGGGUCGGGCCCUUCACCGGCGCGGCCCUGGCGGCGUUCUACCACAAGAUCGUGCUGCGCGACGAGGCUGUGGUGAAGGAGUCGCUAGAAAAGCUGGGCUCGCUCAAGAGGAGCGGCUCGACCGCUUGAAGGUCGAGAGAGGUGACCAUGCGCACGCAUGCAUAUACAGUAUUUUUCAUCGGUGUAAAGAGGAUCGAGAAGUUGUUGGUUGGUUUUUAGUCUUUUUACUUCUCUCGGCCCUGUAAUGUACGGAAUCUUGCUCUAGUGUCGUUGGUUAAUUAAGCGUGUCUUGAUGUGUGCCGUUCGUCAUGAUGCUUGUCAAUUGGCCCAUUUGGAAUGAGCGAAAUGCUCAGAUCUUUAUGAAGAAAUCAAUGCCAUCUCCAAUCAUCGUUGAAAACA